AAUGUAAUCGCCAUGAAGUUGCUAAAUAUGUGCUCGUUGAAGGGAUAGUUAUUGAUUAUAGGGGGGGGGGGUUGAUUGUAAUAAAUCACAGCAUGCAUCUAUUACCACCAGCUCUCACCACUUGUUUUCACGGCAUCACUACCUCAUGCCAGCCUUUCGCUGUUCUUCUGCUGUUCUUCCGCUGUUCUUCUGCUGUUCUUCCGCUGUUCUUCUGCUGUUCUUCCGCUGUUCUUCCGCUGUUCGUUACUGGCCCCAGCAAGGAUUUGAUUCUAGUGUCCUUGGGGAGCAUCUCCCGCCACACCUCUGCGUCCACGUUCCCGGGUCUAUAUAGGGUGGCGAUGUGUGCCAUCAAUACGACGACUCUGUGCACGGAUUCGCUGUCGCGCCCGGCGAGGCGGCAUCGCCCGUCAAGGGCCUGUUGGCCGUAUUUAUUUGCCAUGCGCCAGACACCAAACAGGCCGUUCAACGCCGCUAGAGUCUCGUACCUCAUCAAAAACAUUUCGUCCACUGGUGCCGUGGCCGGGGAGAUGGGGGGCAGAUGAGGUAUGACUAGAUUGUCGACUGACUGCGUGUUCAAGUUUCCUGACAGUCUCGCUAUCUGGCCUAGGAAUUGAUCAAAUUCCUAAGAGAAAAUCACCUGAUAUCGUAUCUAAGCGAAAUGGUAACACCAGCGAGGGGGCCCUAGAAAUAAAUGAAGGACUGGGGUGACGCGAGUUGAGAUAGCUGACAGUACAACGGGCUAGGCAAAAGUC